AUGAAUGUUAAUAAAACUGUUGAUUCCGAUGCUGCCCCAAAUCCUCGUAAUUUGAUCCAACAGGAAAGAUCAAGUGCUGUCUUCAAUCCAGACUUGAUGAAUUAUUUCUUAGAAGGGUCUAAAGAAAGAUCAGAAGAAACUAAAAAAAUGAUUCAACAAAUGGAAAGAGAUCCUAUCUUAGCUUCCAGAUCAAAUUAUUAUGAUUUGACAAAAGCUGAACAAAGAGAAUUGACAAUCAAAAAGAUUAACAGAUUAUCAAGAUAUAUUGAAAGUGAAACUUUUGACGAAUUUGAAAGAAGAAUGAGUUUAAUUUCUGUCUUUGAUCCUCAAUUGCAUACAAGAAUUGGUGUUCAUUUAGGUUUAUUCAUUGGUUGUGUCAGAAGUAAUGGUACUUUCGCUCAAGUUAAUUAUUGGGCUUUAGAAAAGGAAAGUGCUUUCAUCAAAAACAUCUAUGGUUGUUUCGGUAUGACCGAAUUAGCUCAUGGUUCAAAUGUUGCUGGUUUACAAACCACUGCUACUUUUGAUGAAGAAAAUGACUCUUUCAUUAUCAACACUCCUCAUAUUGGUGCCACCAAAUGGUGGAUUGGAGGUGCUGCUCAUUCAGCCACUCAUUGUUCUGUUUAUGCCAGAUUAAUUGUCAAAGGUAAAGAUUAUGGUGUCAAGACUUUCAUUGUCCCAUUGAGAGACUCAAACCAUGAUUUAAUGCCAGGUAUCACUAUUGGUGAUAUUGGUGCUAAAAUGGGUAGAGAUGGUAUUGAUAAUGGUUGGAUUCAAUUUUCAAAUGUUAAAAUUCCAAGAUUCUUCAUGUUACAAAAAUAUGCUAAAGUUGAUUCUGACGGUAAUGUUACUUUACCAAAAAUGAAUCAAUUAUCUUAUGGUGCCUUAUUAAGUGGUAGAGUUAUUAUGGUAAAAGAUGCUUUCAGAUGGUCUUCAAGAUUCAUCACCAUUGCUACUCGUUAUGGUGUUGGAAGAAGACAAUUUCAAGCUGCAAAUGCUAAAGAAAAUGAUGAAGAAAGUCAAUUAUUGGAUUAUCCAUUACAUCAACGUCGUUUAAUUCCAAUUUUAGCCUUAUGUUAUGCAUUCUCCAAUGGUGCUAAUGUUUUAGCUGACAGUGCCAAAGAAGCCAACGAUAUCUUAGAAAGUGCUGUUUCUAAUGAUGAUAAAGCUGGUAUCGACCACGGUAUUGCUUUAACCAAAUCAUUAUUCGUUGCUUCAGGUUCAUUAAAAUCAACCUGUACUUGGUUGACUUUAGAAAACAUUGAUAAAUGUAGACAAGCUUGUGGUGGUCAUGGUUAUUCAUCAUACUCCGGUUUUGGUAAAGCUUACAAUGAUUUUGCCGUCCAAUGUACUUGGGAAGGUGAUAAUAACAUUUUGGGUAUGUCUGUUGGUAAACAAUUAGUUAAGAACAUUGAAAAUGUUUUAAAUAAAGGUGAAAAAUUAUCAGGUAUCUUGGAAUUCUUGAAUGAUUCUAGCAAAUAUUUGAAUAAAGAAGUUGUUUUAAACAUUGAUGAUUUAAACAGUACUGAAAAGAUCUUAGUUGCUUUACAAGUUGCUAUUAUCAGAGGUUCUGCUCAAUGUUUGAAAACUUUACAAGCCCAAAAUGAUAACUGGGAUUAUAUUGGUGCUGAUUUAGUUACCUUAUCUAAAUUAUUAGCUCACUUCUUCUUAUUAAAAGCUUUCUUAGAUAAAGUUAAAACUAUGGGAGAAGGUGAUGAAAAACCAUUGAUUCCAAUUUUGGACAAAUUGGCCAAAUUGUAUUCUUACACUGCUGCUUUAGAAACUUUCUCAGGUAAUUUCUUAACUUACUCAGUUAUUUCACCUGAUGCUAUGACUUACUUAACCACCACCAGAAUUCAAGAAUUAUGUGCUGAAUUAAGACCUCAUGUUAUCCCAUUAACUGAUUCUUUCCAAUUGAGUGACAUGAUGAUUAAUUCGGCUAUUGGUGGUUAUGAAGGUAAUUUCUAUGAAGAAUAUUUCAAGAUUGUCAACACUAACAAUCCUCCAGAAAAUGAUAAAGCUCCUUAUAAUCAUUUGAUCAUGAAGAUGUUACAUAGAGGAAGUUAUGAUGAUAGAACUAGACAGGAAUUCAGUGACGAAGUUGCUGAAUUGAUUGACCCUGAAUUAGAAGAUUCAUGA